AUGGAGCCGAUUGCCAUAGUUGGUACAGGGUUCCGAUUCCCUGGAUCAUGCUCAACGCCUUCUCGCCUCUGGGAUCUUUUACAUGAGCCUCGAGAUGUUGCCAGUAAAGUGCCCAAAGACCGAUUCAAUAUUGACUCAUUUUAUCACCCAACCAGCUCCCACAAUGGGACUACAAAUGUCACCGAAUCAUACUUUCUCACGGAGGAUGUGAAAGCGUUUGAUUCGUCGUUUUUCAACAUGUCUGCGAGCGAAGCCGAAUGCAUGGACCCACAGCAGAGGCUUCUAUUAGAAACCGUUUAUGAAGCGCUGGAGGCGGCUGGGAUUCGGAUCGAAGACUUAAGAGAUUCCUCGACUGGAGUUUUCUGUGGUGUCAUGUGUGAUGACUUCUCGCUCAUCCAGGCGCGCGAUAUCAACUGGCUCCCUCGAUAUGCCGCCACUGGUACGGCUCGCUCGAUUAUCCCCAACAGGGUCUCCUACUUUUUUGACUGGCACGGUCCAUCCAUGGCAAUAGACACUGCCUGCUCAUCCAGUCUCGUCGCUGUCGACCUUGCCGCAAAGGCUCUCCGGGACAAUGAUUGCCGCGUGGCUGUUGCUUGUGGGACCAACCUCAUACUGGCGCCCAACAUGUAUGUUUCCGAGGCCAACCUAAGCAUGCUUUCACCCCGAGGCCGCGGUCGCAUGUGGGAUGUUGAUGCCGACGGCUAUGCAAGAGGGGAGGGAAUUGCCACUGUUGUUCUAAAGAAACUCAGUGAUGCCUUGGCGGAUGGAGAUCCGAUUGACUGUAUCAUCCGAGCCACGCAAGUCAAUCAAGAUGGUCGCACUACGGGGAUCACAAUGCCUUCGGGCACUGCUCAGACGGCCUUAAUCCGCUCGACAUAUAACAAGGCGGGCUUGGAUCCCGUUAGUCGUCCUCUGGACCGAUGUCAAUACUUUGAGGCCCAUGGGACUGGGACAGCGGCGGGAGAUCCCCAGGAAGCAUCAGCGAUUUACGGGGCAUUUUUCUCUACCGGCAAUAGCCAUACCGAGAGCUCGAGAGAAGACGAUGUAAAUCCGCUUUACGUGGGUUCAGUCAAGACACUAAUCGGCCAUACUGAAGGCACCGCAGGGCUGGCAGGUCUAAUCAAAGCGUCGCUAUGUCUCCAGCAUGGUGUCAUCACGCCCAAUCUACAUUUUCGACAAAUCAACCCCGACAUCCAGCCAUUCUUUGGUCGAUUGCGAAUUCCAAGCCAGGCGGAACCCUGGCCUGCAUUGCCCGAUGGAGUCCCACGUCGAGCAUCGGUCAACUCGUUCGGGUUUGGGGGCACCAAUACUCAUGUCAUUCUGGAAUCAUACACCCAGCCGUCCAACAACGUGAGCAAUCCUUCAAGUGGCGUGGAGAUAGUCCCAUUCGUAUUUUCUGCACAUUCAGAGAAGGCACUGCAGAAUACUUUAGCCGCAUUUGUCGAAUUCCUCGACCACCAACCUGAGGUGGACGCCGUUAACCUGGCGUGGACAUUGUUCCGUAGACGCUCAGUGUUCUCUCGACGGCUGGCCUUCACGGCCUCAUCCCUGAGCGCCUUGCGUACUGAUCUGGAGGAAGAGCUUGUUCACAGGAGAUCUUCCAACUUCGUUCCUACGUUUCAACGCCCCCUCACCACGCCGGCUCAUAUCCUCGGUGUCUUCACUGGCCAGGGCGCACAAUGGGCACAGAUGGGCGCAGAUCUGCUCACGCGGUCUCCAAGUAUCCAAAGCUGGCUUGAGUCCUUGCAGGCAGCUUUAGACAGUCUGUCGAUGGAAUACCGGCCUUCCUACUCGCUCCUCGAAGAGCUGUCGGCACCAGAGGAUACCUCGCGGAUACAUCAAGCAGCUAUUGCGCAACCCCUAUGCACUGCCGUGCAAAUCAUACUUGUUAAGCUUCUACGAUCACUUGGUAUUACCUUCUCAGCGGUAGUCGGCCAUUCUUCUGGUGAAAUCGCGGCGGCUUACGCGGCUGGUAUUGUGACCGAAUCGGAUGCGAUUCGCAUCGCUCAUCUUAGGGGGCUUGUCGUGUCUCUGGCGGGCAAUAAUGGAAUUGAAGGGAGGAUGUUAGCCACAGGGAUGAGCGCUGAUGAGGCGCACGCCUUUUGCCAACUACAUGAAUGGGAGGGACGGGUCAAGAUCGCUGCGAUGAACUCACCGUCAAGUGUGACAUUGUCCGGGGAUGCGGAUGCCAUUGAACAGAUAGAAACCCGUCUAAAGGAGCGGAAGCAAUUUGCACGCAUGCUCAAGGUCAGAACUGCCUACCAUUCCCAUCACAUGCUACCAUGCUCGGACCCGUAUGUGGAGGCCCUUCAGAGAUGCCAGAUACAUCCACAGGCCUCUAACUCUACAGCCUGGUUCUCCAGCGUCUACGACGGCGAGCAGAUACGGAACAGCCAUCUAGAUCGUAUGUGGGCCGAGUAUUGGCGGGACAAUAUGGCUGGUACCGUUAUGUUCACACAGGCUGUCACAGCAGCCAUGCAGGCAGUGACUCCAGAUCUGGUCAUCGAGGUAGGUCCUCAUCCUACCCUGAAGGGCCCCGUUCUACAGACCAUUUCGAGCCUGCCUGGUAAAUCGCCGGAGCCAAUGUAUGUCGGUCUGCUCCACCGUUUCACCUCCGGUAUAGAAACCUUUUCGACGGCAAUUGGGGAUUUGUACCGCAUAGUGGGCCCAGACAGGCUGGACCUAGAGUCACACAUUCGGCAGUUUGAAGGUAGGGAAACUUUCACCGUCGUAAAAGAUCUUCCACCUUACCCGUUUGACCGGACUCAAACGUAUUGGGCUGAGUCGCGGUAUUCCAAGGCGCUUUCUCACCAUUCGGGGAGGCCGAAUCCGCUACUAGGCACCCUGACUCCGAAUAGCACCAACAAUAAAUACGUUUGGUGCAAUAUCCUCCAUCCUCGGGAUAUGGCGUGGCUCAAUGGCCAUAUGAUUCAAUCCCAGGCAGUUUUCCCGGCCACGGGCUACGCGGCAAUGGCAAUUGAGGCCGUCCAUAUCAUUGCAGACGACAGGAGCAUCCAGCUGCUGGAAUUAUACGAUCUUCACAUCAAAACGGCUAUAGCGUUUGGUGAUGAGAGUAGUCCCGGUGUCGAAGUAUUGUUCCAUUUGGACCGAAACCCAACGGAAGAGGACAGACUAGGUGUGCAAUUUACCUGCUACGCUAACAUUGGGGGUCGUCUUCAACAAUGCGCAUCGGGCCAUUUGGUCGCGACAUUUGGCAAGCAGAGCCCUUGUAUCCUCCCCAAACGGCUGCAGAAUACCCAUCAGAUGGCAACGGUUGACAUGGAUGCCUUUUACCAACAUCUGGACACGUUGGGGCAUGGCUAUACGGAUCUAUUCCGAGGGAUGCAUUCUGUCCGUCGCAAGCAGGGCGUCUCUAGCGGUUGUAUCUGGAAUGCUUGUCAGCAAGAUCCGCAGUCUAUGCUGAUAAUACAUCCAGCCCUGAUGGAUACGUUGCUUCAGGGUCUGCUUCCAGCCGCAGGCCUGCCAGAGGAUGGCCAGUUGCACACGCUGCACGUCCCUACCCGGAUCGAUCGGAUCACCAUCAACCCGUUUUUCUUUGAUGGCCGUGCCCACGAAUUGGGAGAGGAGCUUCACUUUGACGCGGAGAUCACACAGAUGGAUCCGGAUGGGACCUGUGGGGAUGUCGCCCUGUAUGAUCAUACAGGCAACGGGAUCCUACAUGUCGAGUGCCUGGAAACAUCGCCGCUGGCACGUCCUACCGCGGCAGAUGACCGCCUGCUGUUCUCUAAACUAGCCUGGGGCCCAUUGCAUCCGGAUGGCAGGCUGCUUUCAUGUACGGCAACACAACGGAGUGUUCGUCAAUCGGAGCUGUCGGAACAGCUGUCGCUACUGUACAUGCAAGACGUGCAGGCCCAGCUGACAGCCAAGGACCGCGCCAAUCUCAGCCCGCAUGGCGUUCGGAUGGUAUCUUGGAUCGACCAUACCUUAGCAAUGGUCCGUAAUGGGACGCAUCCUACCUGUCAAACGAAUUGGUUAAACAUGGAUCUGACCCAAGUGGCGAACGAGCUGGCGGAGGUGGCCCUGGACGUCGACUCAAGCAAGAUGCGAACAGUGGGCCAGAACUUACUACGUGCACUGCGACAUGAGACUUCCAUUCGCGAAGAACUGGGCCAGACAGGCCUCCUGAGUCGAAUAUCCAGCGAAUCGGACGACAUUUCCCCCUGCAAUGAAGCCUAUCUAGCGCCCCUUGUACAGCAGAUCGCCUUCCGCUUCCCACGCAUGAAAAUACUAGAGAUCGGCGCAGGCACUGGGUCAGCCACGGGCGCAAUCCUAGAUCGAAUUGGGCAGUCGUUCCACUCCUACACGCUUACGGAUCCCUCCGGUGCUCUCAUUGAGGAUGCACAGAAAAAAUUUGCUGCGCAUGCGGACAAGUUCAUAUAUCGCGCUCUGGAUAUUGGUGUUGAUCCCGCUGGCCAGGGGUUUGAAUCUCACUCGUACGAUCUAGUCGUGGCGGCCGGCGUGCUUCACGCGACUCCCGAUAUCCAAGCCACUCUAACGCAUGUUCGUUCCCUGCUCAAGCCAGGAGGCUAUUUAGCCGUGGUAGAGGGAACCAAUACAAGUCUCCUGCGUCCCUCCUUUGUCUACGGCAGCCUCGAUAAAUGGUGGCCGAGCGAGCAAGACAAGAUCCGGCCUUGGGGGCCGAUGCUUCCCGUCAUGGAGUGGGAUUCUCUAUUAAAAGAGACGGGGUUCUCGGGGGUUGAUACAUUCACUAGUGAUGACGGCAAUCGGCUGGCCUGUAUGUCAGUGUUCAUCUCCCAGGCAGUGGACGAUACCGUCCGUCUCCUCCGUCAACCGCUACGGUCCCCCCCGGUAGCUCGCAUACCAAAAGACCUGAUAAUUUUAGGCUGCGCGAGUAGCAAGACAACAGAGCUCAUUCUGGCCGUGAAAGCCCUGGUGGAACCUUUUUUCCGCCAAACAUUCGUCGUGGAUGGACUGGAUGACGUUGAGAGGCACUCAUCAUGGAGUAUGGCUACAGUGCUUAGUGUUCUGGAACUAGAUCAACCCAGCCUUUGCUCUAGUCUCCGGGAGCAAGACUUGGAAUCUUUACAGACGGUAUUAAACGUCGCCCAGAAUCUCCUCUGGGUUAGUGCAGGCUCCCUAGUAGACAACCCAGCCCAGACCCUGGCGCAGGGAUUCCUACGCUGCUUACGCUAUGAGAACACAUAUGCACGUAUCCAGCAUCUGAAUGUCCUUAAUCAAUCGUGUAUUUCACCACAGCUUAUUACCGAAACACUGCUGCGCUUGGUUCUACCCACCUUUGAAAACCAGUACGACUUACCAGUCGCUGUCUGGACGAUAGAGCCAGAGCUACGCUGGAACGGCAGCAUGAUGGAGUGUGUGCGUAUCAUCGAUGAUGUCGGAAUGAACGAACGAUACAUGUCUAAAAGGCGUAAUAUCGAGCAUUUCGUCAACCUAGAGAGUUCGAACUGCGAAGUCACUGUGACGAAGGGGCGCUACAAUAUCGUCGAGUGCUCUCAACGUGUCUGUGAACCCACAAACUCAGCGAGCACCAAGAUUAGAGUCCGCUGGUCUACUCUGUCGGCAUUGCGAAUAGAUGAGGCUGGAUUCUUGUAUGUGGUUAUUGGUCAGGAGGAGCGCACUCUUGUCCCGGUCAUUGCACUAUCUCGUAGCCUCGCAUCCACAAUCGUCACUCCGGCUAGCUGGACUAUCCGAUACAGUCAGGUCCCUGACGUAGAAGAUCGGAGUCUCCUGAGUGCCGUCGCCUGGGCCAUCCUGGCAAUAUCCCUGGUCAGAGCUACUAUCCCUGGUACCUGUCUGCUGGUGCAUGGCGCCUGUCGAAGCCUCCGAGAUGCGCUGAAGCAGCAGGCGUCGGUCAGAGGGGUCCAGCCCUUGUUUACCACUAGCAGCAAUGAAGACUUAUCAGACGACGUCGUGUUCAUCCACCCCUCGAGUACAUACCGGAGACUGAAAUGUCAGCUUCGUGGGGAUGUUUCGCGCAUUCUCCAGCUAGACGGGGAAACUGGCUCAAUAUCCCGCCAUUUCCGCUCUCUUUAUCCCAAUGCUGUGGUGCAAGAUAUAACAGAUCUCUGUCACACUUCCCCGGUGUUUUAUCCCAAACAUGACAUCGAAGAGGUUGGCCACAACCUGAACCGCGCUUAUCGCAUGGCCUGUCCGCUUGUGGCAGAGAGUAUCGAUACCAAUCACCCCAGUCUUCCCGGUCUCCAGGGCGUUCAAGCAAGAAUAGAUGGGUUGAGCCUGUUGAAUUGGCGGGAAGUAUCUGAUGUCCCCGUGCGAACUCAAUCGGCCAGCGCCGAUAUCCAUCUAAGCCCAAACAAAACAUACCUGCUGAUCGGAAUGACUGGAGAUCUUGGAAGAUCGGUAUGUGAGUGGAUGGUUUCCCGAGGAGCGCGCCAUAUAGUUCUGGCCAGUCGCCGGCCACAAAUCAAACAGCACUGGUUUGACUCAAUGUCUGAUGCUGGCGCAUGUGUGGCUGCGAUGGCAAUGGAUGUCACUGACAAAGAAUCGAUUCUCACGGUUGACGCUGAUAUCCGUGCCAAGUUCCCGCCGCUUGGAGGCGUGGUGAACGGAGCAAUGGUUAUUAAGGAUCAGGUGUUCGCGACUAUGUCCUGGGAUAUUUUGCAGCAGACCCUCAUGCCAAAGGUUCAGGGAAGCUUGCUCCUAGACGAGGUUUUUGGCAAUGCGCCGCUGGACUUUUUCAUCAUGUUUGGAUCCUUCUCGGCCCACUUAGGCAACAUCGGUCAAUCCGCCUACGCCGCUGCCAAUGGCUUUAUGGCCAGUCUCGUGGAGAGAAGGAGGGCUCGUGGCCAGGUGGGAAGUAUGAUCAGUCCCGGCUCUAUCCAAGGGGUUGGGUAUUUGUCCCGAGCACAGUCCUGGGUGAUGCAGUCGCUCCGCGACACCAUGAGCGACAUUACUCUUUCCGCAGGGGAUAUCCACGAGCUGCUCGCUGAGGCCAUUGUUGCUGGGCGUCCAGACGCUUGCCGGCCUGCAGAUAUUUUGGCAGGCUUAUCGCAUGUUUCACCGCCGAAGCAGCCAGAUAUUAUAUGGUAUAAUAAUCCAAAAACCUGGCAUCAUGUCAACCAUUUCAACCAAGGAUCUGCGGGCGAUGUGAGAACAACAGCACACAGCAUUGAUAUUAAGACCCAAUUAGAAACUGUUACUUCUAAGGAAGACAUGAUACGACUUCUGGAGCCCGCGUUCAUAUCCAAAGUGCGCCGCAAGUUGCAGCUUCCUGACGAGGAGGUCAUCUCUCGUGACGCGAUGCUGGUGGAGCUAGGAGUCGACUCCUUGGUGGCUGUUGAGCUCCGCACAUGGUUUGUUAAAGAUCUGGGUAUUGACCUGGCCGUGCUACAGCUCCUCAGCGGCGCAUCUAUUGGCCAACUCGUCGAGGAGGCCAGUGGGCGACUAGUAGAAAGGCUGCAACUGGUCCAGGAUGUAGCUUCACCUGCAGCCAAUGUGGACUCUGUUAAUGCUCAAAACAGUCCAAGUGAUGCCACGCAGCUUUCAACGUCCUCCCCUAACCCUUCGGACGCCUCCGACCUUGAACUCACCCCUACAACAAGCAUAUCCGCUUCCAAGGACGAUAUCGAAUCCUCCACAAGGAACACACCAAGCUCACCCCAGCCGAUAGCCCAGCCUGAGUUUGAAAAGAUCGAGCGAUUGUCGUUUUCACAGGCGCGCUUCUGGUUCCUGGACAACCUUCUAGAAGACAAAACAAUGCAUAACAUCGCUAUGCUAUUUAGUCUGGAUCAAGUGCCACGGGUGGACGAUCUAAAAGUCGCGGUUAAUCGCGUGGGGAUGAGACAUGAGGCGCUACGAACAUGCUUCCUACCUGGCAUCAACGGGACCAACGAUCCAUGUCAGGCCGUCAUGUCGACCUCACGCUGGCAGCUGGAAGUCAACUACGUUCACAAUGCCGACGCAAUCAGAGACGUAUAUGAGCGAAUCUGUGACCAUGUUUACGAUCUCGCCCACGGGGAUGUGGCGCAGAUCUGCCUCGUUAUGGCCCCACAUGAUAUCCAAGUUCUCAUCAUCGGAUAUCAUCACAUCUGUCUCGAUGCCGCCAGCGUGUUCAUUCUUUUUGAGGAACUUGAAAUGGUAUACCAACACCGGCCACUGCCUGCCCUGUCCCUGCAAUACCCGGCGUUGGCCGCCGCACAACAUGCCUCGUUUGAAAACGGAGCGUUUACCCAAGAGUUGGAAUACUGGCGGACGGAGUUCGCUGACUUGCCUGGCCCGAUGCCUCUCCUUCCAAUGUGUCGCGUGCGAUCCCGAACGGUUCUCAAGAAAUACGCCAUGACGACUGUGCGGCAUAGCCUACCCCCUUCGGUCACGGCUCAGGUCCAAGCCAUCUGCCGCCGCAAUCGGACGACCCCAUUCAACUUCUACAUGGCUGUUCUAUGGGUGUUGCUUGCAAGGCUUACAGACACUGAUGGUGUUUGCAUAGGGUUUGUGGAUACCGGUCGAGCCGACGCCAGUAGCCUGCGGACGGUCGGUUUCCAGCUGAAUAUUUUACCAAUUAGGCUCUCCGUAGACAAUGCUUCGCAGCCCUUCCGACACAUUUUGGAACUCAUGGAUGGGAAGACCAGAUUGGCGAGGGCCAAUUCCAGACUCCCGUAUGAUGCGAUGCUGGCAGAUCUGGGAGUAACCCGGUCGACCGCAUACAACCCGCUUUUCCAAGUCUUGGUGGAUUGGCAGCCACAGUCUGGCGCCACUCACAUGUUCGACGACAUCAAGAUCGUGCGGAAGGAGUGGACACACGGCCGAGUGCCGUACGAUAUCAUGCUGCAAUUCGUAGGAUCAGAAGACGGAUCGACCACGAUCGACUUUCAUCUGCAAGAAGCGCUGUUCUCGCGUCGGGGAGCAGACCUCCUGGCGCAGAGCUAUGGCGGACUGGUACAAUCGUUUGUCAAUUCGGAUGAAGUCAACGUGAUGCAGCCCCCGUUGUAUCAAUCGCUGGACAUUCAGUCGUCUGUCUCUCUUGGUAGAGGCCGGUUGCUGGCCUCGCAGUGGCCAUCCACAAUUUCUAAACAUAUCGAUCAUGUAGCGACCUCCCACCCUGCUCGGAUCGCCGUACAGGAUGCGGGAGGGUCCACGGCGCUCACUUACAGCCAGCUCAUGACUCGAGUCAAUGUGAUUGCGAGUGAGCUGCGUAGUAUGGGUGUGGGACCUGGGUCGCGUGUGUGCUUGUUCCAGCAUCCGACGGCAGGGUGGAUCAGCUGUAUGUUGGCUAUCUGGCGGUUGAAUGCGACGUACGUACCCCUAGACCUGCGGAAUCCAUUGCCACGCCUAGCAACCAUCAUCCAAGCUUGCCAACCACAGGCUAUGGUCUGCCAUGAUGAUACGGAGGCCGACGUCCACCGAGUCUCAUGCCCGAGCUCAAUACACAUACUGAACACUUCCCGGCUCCGCUAUGACACGGCAAUACCCAUACUGGAAAACCAGUCGACGCCAGAAGCCUGCUGCGCGGUCCUUCAUAGCAGUGGCACCACUGGUCAACCAAAAGGGAUCUGUCUUAGACACUCGAGUCUCCGCAACGCGAUAGAGGGCGAUAUCCAGCAAUCCAGAUUAGGAAGCGAAACGGCUUUGCAACAAAGCGCCCUAACAUUCGACUUAUCCUUAAUGCAGGCGCUUACUGGGCUCGCCACGGGUGGAAGAGUCAUCGUAGUCCCUCGCGCCCUGAGAGGGGAUCCUGUGGAAUUGGCCAACGCCAUGCUGGAGGGCAAAGUGACCUAUACCGUGGCAACGCCAUCCGAGUAUGCCACCUGGCUGUCAUAUGGGGGCGAGACCCUAAAGGAGGCAACAAAUUGGAGGAUUGCGUAUGCGGCGGGAGAAAUUCUGACGCGAUCCCUUGGUUUGGAAUUCCAACGCCUUGGGAUACCGGGCCUGCGCCUUUUCAACGUCUAUGGCCCAUCGGAAACUCUAGCAUCCCAUUCGACGGAAGUCCAGUAUCAGGAUUUGGAUCCCUUGCGAGACACAGAAGGUACAUAUUCGGUCGGGAAGCCACUUCCCAACUACACAACCUACAUUGUCGAUAAGCAGAUGAGGCCAGUGCCACAGGGCGUAUCAGGAGAAGUGCUAAUAGGCGGUGCGGGGGUUGGCCUGGGCUAUUUAAAUCUGGGACCAGCAACGGAGGAGAAGUUCAUCCCUAACAGCCAUGCCACUCAGGAAGACCUUGAUCGGGGCUGGACACAUAUGUACCGAACGUCCGAUCGCGGCCGUUUGCUUCCCGAUGGUACUCUAGCGAUUGAAGGUCGGAUCGAUGGGGAUACCCAAGUGAAGCUGCGUGGCAUCCGCAUAGAACUGCAGGAUAUCGAACACGGAAUCUUGCAGGCCAGUAGGGGCACUCUCAUCAAAGCGGUCGCAUCACUCCGAGGCGAAGCUGAUACUGCAUUCCUUGCGGCCCACGUUGAAUUUGAUCCGAGUCACUGGGGGAAGCGCGAAAGCUUAUUAGAGCAGAUUCGGGCAAGCCUGACGCUUCCGCAAUAUAUGUGGCCUGCUAUCAUUGUGCCUGUGGAGCAAAUUCCACUUAAUAUCCACGGCAAGGUUGACCGUCAUGCAGUGAAGGCGCUCUCGAUCACCGUCCCCAAGAGGACGACGGAAGACUCCUCUAUGAGUACCAGUCUCACCAGAUUAGAGGGCCGGUUACGACAAGCAUGGGCUAAAGUCCUGCCAGAUACCGUUGAUAUUUCUACGAUCGCCCCCAACACGGACUUUUUCCUCGUGGGUGGGAACUCACUUUCCCUCAUAAAGCUGCAGGCAACCAUUGCCCAGGAUCUGGGUGCCAGAGUCCCGGUGAGAGAAUUGAUGGAAGCGAACCAACUCGGUGAUAUGGCACAGAAGAUCGCCCAUUAUCAGACUGCGGCUCCGAUUGACUGGCAGGCGGACACGUCCGUCGAUGAUCUGCAGGAGGAUAAUUCAACACAAGGGUCUCCGCCUCGAACCAGCAGUGAUCUGACUGUAGUCUUAACUGGUGCGACAGGUUUUCUGGGGUCACGAAUUCUCCAGGGCCUGGCAGCGAGUCCGCAUGUGGGCCGCAUCCACGCAAUUGCAGUACGCAGCGCAUCCGGCCAUCAGGAUCGUGUUCUUGCCAGCACGUCGUCGAAAGUCACAACCCAUUACGGCGACCUGGCAGCUCCUCUGUUAGGUCUGAACCCAGAGACAUUCGCAUCACUGGCAGAACAGGCAGACCGCAUUGUUCACUGCGGAGCGAACCGGUCGUUCUGGGACGCAUACCCAGUCGUACGUGCGGAAAACGUUCACAGCACCAGGACGCUUAUCCGUCUCGGGCAGCGCCGCCAGGUCCCACUCCACUUCAUCUCCAGCGGACAAGUGACAUCGAUCCCUAUGGAUGAGACGCCCCCUUUCAAUGGGGCCGAUGGACAUCUGGCUUCCAAAUGGGCUAGCGAGCGCUUGCUCACGAACGCGGCGGAGCGCUUGGGACUGCCCGUCUGCAUCCAUCGUCCUGUUCAGGCAGAGCACAUGAAUCCUCCACCCCCUGAACUCGAGAAGGAGUUCCACGAUCUCAUCUUCAAACUAGAAAGUGUCCCUACGACAGGAGGGCUGAGGGGUAGCUUGGCGUUGAUGCCCUUGGCCACGAUCUCAGACGCAGUGGUGGCUGCAGUGGUGUGCAAGCAAGAAUCGAAAAUAAAGAUCCAGGAACACGUCGCCGAGGUCAUUAUCCGCGAGGAGGACGUGAAACACAUGCCCGCGGCAUGCGACCCUGGGGCUAUUGAGGGUUUCCCGCGGAUUCCUGCGACGCACUGGAUUGGGCGUGCCAAGAAGGAAGCAGGAUUUACCUGGUGGAUCGCGGGACAGGAUACUGGCUUAGAGGAAGAAGAGGAGGGGCUUUUUGUCUCCACCCGACGGUGA